AUGGAACGAGAAUUAGAAAUAUUGCAAGACAAAAACGAGAAACUAGAAAAAGAAUAUGCUGAUUUAGUUAAGCAAAUUCGCUUAUUGGAAGAGGAAAAUGCUCAAUUAAAAGCCGAAAACAAAAAGUUCAAAGAAGAGGAUGCUGAAGUAGAUAAAUCAUUAAGCAAACUUGAUGAAGAAAUGGAUAAACUUGGCGAGGAGGCCAAAUUAAACAAAUGUGAUGCUCUAUUAAAAAAUUUUCAGAACAAGAUUAAGGAUUUAACGAGUAAUAACUCCGCAGAAAUUAAAGCCAAAGACCAAGAGUUAAAAGAUUUACGCCAAAAAUUAACCGUUUAUUCGCAGGAACGAGAUAAUAUUCAACAAGAGUUGGAUGACAAAGUAAAAGAGUUAGAAAACUCUAAUCUGUCUAAUCUAGAAAAGCAACAACAAAUUAAUCAAAUAUUAACGGACAGCAAGAACGAACUUAAUGCGGUUAAUCGCAGUUUAAUGACCAACUGA